UUUAGAUCUCGUCUGCAAUAGAAUAGAUUUAUUAAGAAUUUUAUCUUAUUCCUUAAUUUAAACUAAAGUUUAUGUGAAAGAAAAUUGCAAUUUGCUUUAAAUGCACAAAUAGCCUUAUAAAUAUAAUGUACUGACACGUCGAGAAUUUACAAUGAAUUGGGUUGGAGGUGCUCGGAGUAGAAUAAAAGCAAAGAGUGAACACAAGAAACAGAGAGAAUUCUUUAAGAAAAAGAAGUUAGAAGAAGCUCAAAAAGCAGAAAACAGAAACGCAUUUGCUAUACCAGCUCUAAGUCAAGAUUUGCUUACUUUUCAUUUUCUUCAAAGGAACUCACAAAAAAUGCAUCAAAGCGCAAAACCAGUUAGAAUAAUUAAACAGGAUUUAGAUAAAAUUGUGAAAACUUCGGGUUCAUCCAUUAAAAUCCCUCAGACACUUUUUUAUCCAGCCAUAUCAAAGAAUAAUCAUGCAAUAUCUUAUAAUGCACAGUCUAACACUGAAUCGAAUACAGUCGACCUUGAUUUAUUGUUGAAUAAUAAAGAAUACCAAGAAGACGGAAAUCCAUAUUCUAGCGCACCUCCCUCUGCUAAAAGAAAAUCAUUGCAGUUUUCAAAUGUAAAAGAAAUAUAUGAAAAUUUUGAAAGAAAGUAUGAGCUUGAUAUACCAAAAGUGAACUAUGAACGAAAUGACGUCCGCCCAAAUUUUAUCGAAAAUAUUCAAUUUUGUGAAACUCUUCCUCAUGCUGUAACCGCAGAAUUUAGCACAAAAUAUGAUACAGAGGAAUCUGAUAUUGACACAGAAUUUAAACAAUACAUUAACCGAGAGAAAAUGUAUGGCACAAUAGAAAAUAAUUUUCAGGAGUCUGAUGGCUCUGGCAGUUCAUGGAGAAACGAGGGAAAUAAUAACUUUGACAAUACGAGGGGUAUGUCUAGUAAAUAUCGACUGAAAAAGCAAUAUCAAAUUCUUAAAAAUAUCAAUUCCAUGCUAAACAAAGAUGAAAUCUGCGUAAGUUCAGUGAAAUCCAAAUUAACAUUUUCUGAAAAAUCCAAAUGUUCAUUCUUAAGCACCCCAUAUGCAAUACAUGGAAAUAACGCACAAUCACCUUAUAAUGUAAAGCAAGCCCAAAAUUACUCUGAUAUUUACAGUUUAAGAGGUAACGUGCUUGAACCUAGUGAAUUUAGUGAUUCAUCAGAGUCAAAAGAUGAAUUUUAUUUCGAUCCAAAAUUUAAUGUUAAUUCUUCAGCUGAUUCGUCUUCUUCUUCAAGCACAAACACGCCUAUAAUUCCUCAUGAUAAGGAAAUUUACAAACAUUUCCGAAAGGAAUGUGUGAAAAAUUUUGAUAUCUCACCUGAAACAUUUAAACGUAUAAAACACUCGUUGAAAGGAACGGAACACAUUGGAAACGCAAAUGCAGUAAUAAACCAUAAAUGUAAAAUUCGUAUUUCUGAUAAAACAACAUUAAAGUCUCAGCGUAGUAGAGAAGAGAAAGUUUCAGGUAGUUCAAAUGCUGAAACACCAGAAAGAAACAUCCAUUCGCAUUUAAAAUAUAAUGCGUAUAUUAAAAAUCCAUCUGUCCAUUCAAAUGAAAGACAGAAUGCUAGAUAUCUUGAAGACAUGCUUAAAACCUAUUCACCAAACAUCAUAAAUACAGAACAUUUUAAACAAAACAGAAAAAUAGCCAGUCCUCAUCUUUCGUCAAAUGUAAAUGAUUCAGAAGUUAAUAAUAUUAGCCUCAGAUGUGGGGAAAAUACACAUAGCAUAUCGGUUACUGAGAGUACUGCAAACUAUAGCCUACAAGACAACAUAAGGAACGGUAUUUAUGAAACAGUAGAUUCAAGGUCUAAUUGUUUUGAUAAUUCAAGAUCUGAACAUUUAGAUGAAUCUGUAUCGAAACAUAAUCGUCUAAAUACUACAACUGAUGUAGCCACAAGUCCUUUCAUAUUUCCUAAAUCACCAGUUGAGCAUAAAGUUUCCAUAUAUUCUAGAAAUAACUCUUAUGGAACCUUUGAUUGUUCUCCAGUUGUACAGGAAGUUCAAUCGACCAACCUUAAAGAUAUGAAAGGAAGCACUAAAAUUAACCCAGACGAUAAUAUGGAAUGUUAUUUCCCUUCAAAUGACAACAGCGCAACUGAAACACUCCCUCUUCUCGUACAAGAAACACCGUUGCCUCAUACCGUUUCAAAUGAAUGUAUACAGACUGAGCACUCAAGAUCUGAACAAACAGAGAUAUAUUCCAUGACAUCUAUGAAUAAUCUUCCCGCAACCCUUCCGAACACUCCAUCAUCUUUCAGCAGGUUCGAUGAAACAAAGGAAAGUGGCUUACAAAAUUCAAAUAAUUUUGUUAAAGAAUUGAAUAGUGCUUUCAAUAAGGUAUCUGACGAACAAAGUUCAGUUUCUUUUAAUGCAGUUUCAAAACAAACAAAUCCGAGCAAUAAACUUCAGAAUGCUGAAUCACUGCACAGAAACUUUAACUCAGUGGAAGCUUUUUUUCAGCUGCAAGGUUUUGAGAAGUUAAAUGGUGAAACAUUUAAAGAAAAUAAUGUUGCAUUAUCUAAUGCAAAAGUUUUAGAAACAAAUCUAGAGAAAGUAAAUUUUAACGUCAUAAUUGAGCAGGACAGAAGCAUCGUAGGCGCAAGCAUUUCCCCAUCACAACAGAAAUUGGAAGGUAAAAUUAUCAAUGUAGAUGAAGUAACAAAUACCAACAGCCAACUUUAUGAUCUGCUGGAAGGAAUGCAAAAUGGACCGCAAGACGUAAUCUAUAACUCUUUUCUAAAAGCGUUAGAACAUUCGGAAGAAACCUUCGCAAUAAAAAAUGAAGUAUGUAAAACUGCAUACAAAUCCGAUUGUUAUGAAACUACAUUCGACCAUAAUACGCCCAAUUUGUUUACUUACCCUAAUUCUAAAGUAAACUGUGAAAAUAAGUCGUCAUUCACAACAUCACUGCAGUCAUCAUUCAGAACAUCUACACCAUCUGAAGCAGAUUGCACAGAGGUUUCAUCAAAUACAUCACCUAAUUCAUUAAGCCUGAAUGAAUGUUCCACGUUAGGCUCAGAAAGUUUCAUUCAAAAUAAAAUUGAGGAUGCACAAGAGAAAUAUCGGAAAACAUUCCUCAUUGAAAAUAAAAAACAUGAUUAUCAGUCCAGCAAAAGAAUAUGCUUGGAUAAAUCUAUUCAAGCAAAUGUUCAAGUAAAUUCUGUAUGUUGCCAAACUUAUUAUUACACUUUAAAAGACGCAGAAGUACAAACAGAUUAUGAACAUUGAAGGUACAUUCGCAUUUGAAAAGAGGUAAUUAAAUUGUCUGAUGAUAUCUUUUAGAAAACGUUUUUUAAGUUCACUUUGGAAAUUCAGAUUAAAAAAUAUUUUUGAUUUGAAAAGCAUGUUAUUUGUACUAAUGUGUGUUUUUAUUUAUUUACACCACUUUAUGGGCUAUCUGUAAUAAUAUUAAAAUAACCUCUAAUACAUUUUUUAAAAUAGUAUUCUUAUUAUUCUUAUUUUGUUAAAUAGUUUGUUAAUAUCAGCAUAAGAGCAAAACUGACGAAUGAGUUAGACUUUGAAAAAAAAAGAACAUUAGAGUUUGAAAAGAAAGAAAACAUCAUUUAUUCUCAAAUGUACUACAGAUGAAAUUAUUUUAGGUACAUUUGCAAAAAAAAUCAUUUUAACUGAAAGGAAUUUUUAAUAUUUGUUUAUGAUUACGUUG